ACCAUAUGCGACCAACCCCAGAGCAUCCUCCGUCCUUUAUCUCGCCUCUUCCUCUUCUCCCACCCCACCCAAACACCGAACCCUACUUCCUCUUCCUCUUCCUCUCCCUCUCCCUCGGAGCUCAUUCGCCGCGACAAGAAACCGAAUCAGCCCUCGUGCCAUCUCUCUUCCACCCUCAUGAGCAAAGCAGCCCCCAUAGCGGUCUAUCACGUCCAGCUUGACGACGACGGUUCGCCAGCAGAGCACUGCUCGUACUAUCGCCUUCCUCCACCAGACACGCCCUACAUCUUGCGCUUCAAGGUCAUUGCGGGAUCAUUGGCAUCAAACCAGGGCAUCCUCUGGACAAACUAUCCUCCAAAGGGGAAACCAUUCAAGCGCAAUGAGUUCUACGAGCAUCGUUUCGCUGGGACAGAGCCCGAAUGCGAUGUGAUGAUCACUGGAGCAGGCGUUUACGAGUAUUAUGUCGAGCACUCACCCUACACCCAGGACGAAUCUGUUGUUUGGACCCGCUCCAAAACGGGUUUCUUCGUCGUUGAUCCGCAGCUGAAGUUGAGGAGUCGAGAUGGCUCGACCGGGGCCCUGUCGCUCCCGCUGGAAGGCCUAGUCAUCGAGUCCGUGGUGCCAAAAUGGAUGGGCAAGCUGUCUGAAUGGAAGCCCCAUUUGGAGACCAUCUCAAAAUCUGGAUACAACAUGAUCCACUUUGUGCCGUUGCAGUACAGAGGUAUCUCUAACUCGCCCUACUCCAUUUUCGACCAGCUGAGGUUUGACCCAAAUCUAUUUGAGGAAAAGGAUCAGGACAAGAGUGAGGAGGACCAGCGCGCCAUCGUCGCGGAUGCCAUUAGCGAGAUCGAGAUAAAGUAUGGCGCCCUUUCGCUGACAGAUAUUGUUUGGAACCAUACCGCCUGCAACUCGGUAUGGCUCUGGGACCAUCCUGAAUCAGGCUACAACUUGCACAAUUCACCGCAUCUGAUCCCUGCCUUCGAGCUCGACACCGCACUCCUCAAAUUUUCUGCAAAGAUUGCCGACCCCUCGACCCCCUUCGUCUCUGACAUCAAAACGGAGCAGGAGCUCGCCGUUAUCAUGACAGAGUUACGCAAAACUGUCUUCAAUGAUAUCAAACUGUGGGAGUUCUACGUCGUGAACGUCUUAUUCUCUGUGGAGGAAUUCAAGGAAGCGAUCAAGGCAAACGCUGCGUAUGCCCGAGAUCUGUUUGACCAGAGUGCCCUGCAAAGGAUGUCCCUGAAGGAUCGGGCUGCUACACUGGCCGAGGCUGCGCUGACUGGCGUCGGAACUCAUGGCCACCGCCACCACAAGAAAAUCACGACGUCCGUGGCGCUGUCGUUCAUGUCUGCGUUGCUCAAUGUCGAUUUCACAAAUUCCAAGGGAUUCUCGCUAGAGAGUGCUUGUGAAGAAUAUGAGACGGUCCUAAACGAGGUCAACAUAAACUUUUACAAAGCGUAUGACAAGGACGUAGACACCAUCGUCACCAACAUUGAGAGCCGUGUUAAGUACAUCCGCCUUGACGAGCAUGGACCCAAGCUUGGCCCUGUUACAGAAGAAAACCCCUUGGUGGAGACUUACUUCACUAGGUUGCCCUUGAACGAGCGAACCAGGGAGCACCCUCCCGGUUCGUUAGCGGUGGUGAACAACGGCUGGAUCUGGAACGCAGACCCCCUGCAGGACUUUGCAGGCCCAGGCAGCCACGCUUAUCUUCGAAGAGAAGUCAUCAUUUGGGGUGACUGCGUCAAACUUCGCUACGGAAAAGGGCCUGAGGAUGUACCAUGGCUGUGGGAGCGCAUGAAAGAGUACACAAUUCAAUCCGCACGUCUGUUCCACGGCUUCAGAAUCGACAACUGCCACUCAACACCUAUCCACUUGGCUCAAUACCUACUGGAUGCUGCGCGAGAGGUGCGCCCGAACCUGUACGUAGUUGCCGAACUGUUCACAGGUUCUGAGGAAAUGGACAUUCGUUUUGUCAGCCGCCUUGGUAUCAACUCGCUCAUUCGAGAGGCCAUGCAGGCGUGGGAUCCGCGCGAGCUCAGCCGUCUUAUACAUCGUCAUGGCGUUAAACCUGUCGGCUGCAUGGAUCGGGCCAGUCUUUGCGAAGAUGUGCCAUGGACUGGACCAGAUGGCAAGACUGUUCCUAGCAGAGUCAUGCCCUUGGUUGGGUCCCAUCCACAUGCGCUCUUUAUGGACUGUACCCACGACAACGAAACUCCCAACCAAAAGAGACGUGCAGAGGAUACUCUAUCAAAUGCUGGGUUGGUCUGCAUGGCCUCCUGUGCUAUCGGGUCCGUGAAGGGAUACGACGAGCUGUACCCCACUUUGCUGAAUCUGGUAACAGAAAAGCGCCACUAUGUCACAUACAAGGAUCCUAUGAAUGUCGGCAUCUGCAGUGUCAAGGCCAAACUCAACAAAUUGCACACAGAAAUGGCGCUCCAAGGCUUUGAGGAGGCUCAUGUACACCAUGAGAACGAGUACAUCAUUGUUCACCGGCAGCAACCAACGACUCUUAAGGGCUACAUUUUGAUCGCUCAUACAUCAUUCUAUGACAACCCAAAGAAAGGCGAUAUCAUACCAAUCAAGUUACGUGAUACCGGGGCAAAGGUAGUGAUGUCCGUUGGCUUAGAGGUCACCUCACGCACAGUGGAAAAGAGCGAAAAAUUCUUGCAGGGCCUUCCUUGCAAACUUGUGCAACUGGAACAGCCCAUGAUCUCGAGACAUAGGGAUGCUCAAGGAGCCUAUACUCAAGUAGAUAUUCCAGACCGGUUCCCUGGAGGAAGCAUCAUCUUGUUGGAGACCACUGUAGACAGCAAAAUCCCCGCCAACAUUGAAGAACUUGUCAAGACCAUUCCAGACUCAGUGCUCAGCAGCCUGCAGUGGGUCGAGCUCAAUAUUGUCCUUUAUCGUUGCGACGGUGAAGAGCAGGAUUUGACACCUGGCAAUGGUGUGUACAACAUUCCGAACCAUGGGUCUCUUGUCUAUUGUGGACUGGAGGGUUAUGUCUCUGUACUGAAGUCGAUCAUCGAGACAAACGACCUUGGACAUCCUUUCUGUGCACAUCUGCGCGAUGGCCAUUGGGCUUUGGACUAUGUUUGCGACCGUAUCAAGAGACACCUUGACCUCUUCCCUGCGCUGUCUGGACUGCACGAAUGGUACAGGGAUCGCAUGGAUGCCAUCAAGUUGCUCCCCAACUAUCUUGUGCCAAGAUACUUUGCCCUUGCUAUCAUGACUGCAUAUGAGGCCGCACGGAAACGCGCGUAUGCUCUGAUGACGCCCCUGAUCCAGAACGGAGACUACUUCACACGAUCACUCAGCUUAACUGCAUUGCAGGUUUACAGCUUUGUGGACUCUGCGAGCUUGCAUCCAACCAAGAAAAUGCCAUGCCUUGCUGCUGGGCUACCGCAUUUCACCUACCGCCACAUGCGCACCUGGGGACGCGAUGUGUUCAUCAGUUUGCGGGGCAUUCUCCUGGUCACCGGACAGUACCAGGCUGCGAAAGAGCAUAUUCUCGCCUUUGCCAGCAGUCUUAAACACGGGAUGAUCCCUAACCUCCUUGACAGUCUGAGGUUCCCUCGAUAUAACUCCAGGGAUUCUGUCUGGUGGUUCUUUCAGUCCGUCCAGGACUACUGUACCCUUGUCCCGAACGGAGAGGACAUUCUCAAGGAGUCGUUUGCUCGUCGUUUCCCUGAUGGUCAGACCUUUGUCGACUAUACAAGCGAGGAGGCGUAUUCAAAAUCUGUGACAUUGGAGGAUAUUCUCACUGAGAUCCUCGUAGCCCAUGCCAACGGCAUCCACUAUCGCGAAUGGAAUGCUGGUACACGUCUGGAUGAACAGAUGUCCGACAAGGGCUUCCAAGUGGACGUGGACCUAGAUUUUAAUAACGGUUUUAUCACAGGAGGCAGUGUGUACAAUUGUGGAACCUGGAUGGACAAGAUGGGGGAGAGCGUAAAGGCUGGCACGAAGGGGGUCCCAGCUACACCUCGUGACGGCGCCGACGUCGAGAUCAUUGGCUUGCUAAAGUCAUCGCUUCGCUGGGUGAUUGAUCUUCACAAGAGGAACAAAUUCAGUCUUUCGGAGAUCCAGAUCAAAGAGACACGCUUCAAGGGUGUCCUACGGUCCGCACGGACUCUCACAAUUGUGGAAUGGAACGACCUCAUCCAGCAAAACUUUGAAAAGUACUUUUACGUUCCGGAAGACCCAGUUCAAGACCCUGAGUAUGUGAUCCGCUCGGAGCUCGUCAACCGCCGCGGCAUGUACAAAGACACGUACGGCUCAAUCACGCCCUUCGCGGACUAUCAGCUUCGACCUAACUUCCCCGUGGCUAUGUGCGUCGCGCCUGAGUUAUUCAACAAAACACAUGCCCUCAAGGCCCUGGAAUUGGCAAAGGACGCCCUCUUGGGACCUCUUGGUAUGCGAACAUUAGAUCCUAACGAUUGGGCAUACCGACCAAACUAUGACAACCAGAACGACUCAGAUGACAGGAUGAUCGCUAAGGGUUGGAACUAUCAUCAGGGACCAGAAUGGCUUUGGUGCACUGGAUACUUCUUCAGAGCAUACCUCAUCUUUAAAGUACAGUGCGAACCAGAGAAGGCCAAGGAUACAGUGUUUCAGCUUCACCGUUUGAUGCUGCCGCACAAGGCCCAACUCGAGACGAGCCCCUGGGCUGGAUUGGCAGAGUUGACCAACUUGAAUGGGGCAAUCUGCAUGGAUGCAUGCCAGUCGCAAGCAUGGUCUUCCUCGACACUCUUGGAUCUGCUUUACGAUAUCGAGAAGCUGCGUCAGGAUGGGCACUUGAAGCAUUAAGCGCCCAUCUGGAGCGUCUCCAAUAGCACUAUCAGUUUAGAAGCGUAGUCUGCAGUGUUUCUUCGUAGUAUACAGACAUGUAGCUUGGUGGAUUAAAGUAAAAAAAAAACUGAGUGCGUUUUUUCUUU